AUGGCACCACCAAAGGAUCCAGAGAUCGAUGCCGAGGCCGAGCUCGCCUCCCAGCUCGCUGCCGAUGUCGCCGCCGCCGAGUCCUCCACCAAGGCCAAGGCCGCCUCCUCCUCGUCGUCGUCUAGCACACCGGCUGCCGAGCGCCAGCCUUUCUCCACGCUCGAUCUGUCCGAGCCAACUCGCAAGGCCAUCGACGCCAUGGGCUUCAAGACGAUGACCGAGGUGCAGGCGCGCUGCAUCCCUCCGCUCAUGGCGGGCAAGGACGUGCUGGGUGCGGCGCAGACCGGCUCGGGCAAGACGCUCUCGUUCCUCAUACCUGCGAUCGAGAUGCUGCACAGGCUCAAGUUCAAGCCAAGAAACGGCACGGGCGCCAUCAUCAUCUCGCCGACGCGCGAGCUUGCGCUCCAGAUCUUUGGCGUCGCCAAGGAGCUCAUGGCGCAUCACCACCAGACGUUCGGCAUCAUCAUGGGCGGCGCCAACCGACGUGCGGAGGCGGACAAGCUGCAGAAGGGCGUCAACCUCAUCGUCGCCACGCCCGGCCGUCUGCUCGACCACCUGCAGAACACCAAGGGCUUCGUCUUCUCCAACCUCAAGGCGCUGUGCAUCGACGAGGCCGACCGCAUCCUCGAGAUCGGCUUCGAGGACGAGAUGCGCCAGAUCGUCAACAUCCUCCCCAACGACAAUCGCCAGAGCAUGCUCUUCUCGGCAACGCAGACCACCAAGGUGCAGGACCUCGCACGCAUCUCGCUGCGCCCCGGACCGCUGUACAUCAACGUGCACGCCGACCUGGCUGCGAGCACCGUGUCGCGCCUGGAGCAGGGGUAUGUGGUGUGCGAGUCGGACCGACGAUUCCUGCUGCUCUUCACGUUCCUCAAGAAGAACGCGGGCAAGAAGAUCAUCGUGUUUAUGAGCUCGUGCAAUUCGGUCAAGUACCACUCGGAUCUGCUCAACUUUAUCGACGUGCCCGUGCUGGAUCUGCACGGCAAGCAGAAGCAGCAGAAGCGCACCAACACGUUUUUCGAGUACUGCAACGCGCCGUCGGGAACGCUGCUGUGUACCGACGUUGCCGCACGUGGGCUCGACAUUCCGAGCGUCGACUGGAUCAUCCAGUUUGACCCACCCGAUGAUCCGCGCGACUACAUCCACCGUGUGGGUCGAACGGCGCGUGCGGGCAAUGCGGGCAAGUCGCUUCUCUUCCUCCUGCCUUCGGAGCUGGGAUUCCUGCGCUUCCUCAAGGUGGCCAAGGUGCCGCUGAACGAGUACACGUUCCCGUCGGAUAAGGUGGCCAACGUGCAGGGGCAGCUGGAGAAGCUGAUUGCCAAGAACUACUAUCUGCACCAGUCGGCACGCGAUGGCUACCGCUCCUACCUCCAGGCCUACGGCUCGUACUCGCUCAAGCGCAUCUUUGACAUCCACAAGCUCGACCUCGCCAAGGUGGCCAAGGCGUACGGCUUCUCGGUGCCACCCAAGGUCAACAUCACCAUUGGCACGAGCCUCAAAGCUAAAGACGGCGGUAGCAAGCGCAAGGAAGUGGAUGCCGAAGGUGCUGAAGGCGACGACGACGUCAAUCCCAAGCGUCAGCAGUCGGAUAGGAGAGCCUACUACCGACGCAACCACCAGAACGGCAGUGGGAGCAAAGAGCAUUUCCGCAAGUCGGGCGCCAAUGCCACUCGAUCGUCAGGCUCAAAGCAGUGGUCGCGCUAA